CGGUCCGGGCGGCCGGGUCCGCGGCGAGGAGCCGGCGGCGGCGGACGCGGUGCCUUCGCGGGCGAGGCUGCUCACUUCCAGGCGCGACUGUUACACAACACUCCUGCCAAGUGGGGCCCCGGCCUGACGGUUCCCAUUAUCCCAAAUUCGCCUGCGGUGUAAGCCGCGAGGCCACCUGGGUGGUGACGGUCGUGCUUUCUUCAGCCAAACCAACCAGCCAGCCAGAAACUCAAUUUUCAUUCCGGGGCCCGAGUCUUGGUGUUGGUGGGGGUUGGGGGAGGACCGGGGUCCGGUGCGCCAGUGACUUCUUUAUUUACACGAGAGUAAAACAUGAGAAAUAAGCCCACGGAGACAACCGAGGGUCUGUUUAUCAGGUGCAGUUUCAUGUAAUAAAACACCAGGGAGGAAAAUAUUUAUGCAAAACUGGUUUUCAGAUGCUGGGUUUAUACUCCCAAACCCCCGCAAAAACACAAAAAAACAAAACUAACCCGAUAAUUAACUUGAGAAAAUACAAGCAGGUCUGAAAAUGAAUGGGCACUGUAGAACUCUGAAGCAGUUUAUUGAACGUCAGCUGCAAAGGUCUUCAAGUCUUGGGUGUCUGUUUGGAGAAAGCACACCUCUAACCAGCUUGUGAUAAAGUGCAGAGGAAGAACCUGUUGCAUAAUCUCAUUUGCCCUGGGGUUUGCUGUGCCGUCCCCUUGAAUCAUGGGGAAGUGAGUUAAGUUGCAGGGUUUUUAAAACUCUCUGAAGUUUUUAUUUACUCGGUGCUCCGGCUGCCACCUCUGCUUUAAAAGAUCAUAAGUAAAUAUUCUGCUCUUACAAGUGAACCAAACCUAACAAACCUGUUUAGAAAAUGACCAGGCUUUUCAGCCCAGCAUAAAGCUGUUGGCGCGAGGGAGCAAAGGUAAAGAAUGACGUAAUGCACUGGCUGCCCCAAAGCAUCUUUUGUUGUGGAAUGGUUAUUCCAGUCAUCUCUUUAUGAAUCAGAUGUGAGGGGCUGCUUUGUGGAAGGAGUCUUUUGCUAGAGCACAUCAGCGGGAAAGAGAAAGAGACAUUCACUUGGAGGGCUCUUGCUGAAAAUGGGUUUAACUCUCCUUUUGCCAGUCACCACCAGCCUGACCUCAUACAUGUUUAGUACAAUGGAGUAGCUGAGCCUUUGAGCACACCACCAUUACGUCAUCGUGGCAAAUUAAAGAGGGACGUAGGGAAAGAAGACUUAUUGUUGUCAUGGCCCAUGAGAUGACUGGAACCCAAAUUGUUACUGAGAGGUUGGUGGCGCUGCUGGAAAGUGGAACGGAAAAAGUGCUACUAAUUGAUAGCCGGCCGUUUGUGGAAUACAAUACAUCCCACAUUUUGGAAGCCAUUAAUAUCAACUGCUCCAAGCUUAUGAAGCGAAGGUUGCAACAGGACAAAGUGUUAAUUACAGAACUCAUCCAGCAUUCAGCAAAACACAAGGUCGACAUUGAUUGCAGUCAGAAGGUUGUAGUUUAUGAUCAAAGCUCCCAAGAUGUUGCCUCUCUGUCUUCAGACUGUUUUCUUACUGUACUUCUGGGUAAACUGGAGAAGAGCUUCAGCUCUGUCCACCUGCUUGCAGGUGGGUUUGCUGAGUUCUCCCGAUGUUUCCCUGGCCUCUGUGAAGGGAAGUCCACUCUCGUCCCCACCUGCAUUUCUCAGCCUUGCUUACCUGUUGCCAACAUUGGGCCAACCCGAAUUCUUCCCAAUCUUUAUCUUGGCUGCCAGCGAGACGUCCUCAACAAGGAGCUGAUGCAACAGAAUGGGAUUGGUUAUGUGCUGAAUGCCAGCAAUACCUGUCCCAAGCCUGACUUUAUCCCUGAGUCACAUUUCCUCCGAGUGCCUGUGAAUGAUAGCUUUUGUGAGAAAAUUUUGCCGUGGUUGGACAAAUCCGUGGAUUUCAUUGAGAAAGCAAAGGCCUCCAACGGGUGUGUCCUGGUGCACUGCCUGGCCGGGAUCUCUCGCUCGGCCACCAUCGCUAUCGCCUACAUCAUGAAGAGGAUGGAUAUGUCCCUGGAUGAAGCUUACAGAUUUGUGAAAGAAAAAAGACCUACUAUAUCUCCAAACUUCAAUUUUCUGGGCCAACUCCUGGACUAUGAGAAAAAGAUUAAGAACCAGACUGGAGCUUCAGGGCCAAAGAGCAAACUCAAGCUGCUGCACCUGGAGAAGCCGAACGCCCCUGCCCCCGCGGCCUCGGAGGGUGGACAGAAAAGCGAGACGCCCCUCAGUCCACCCUGCGCCAAGUCUCCUACCUCAGAGGCGGCAGGGCAAAGGCCGGUGCGUCCUGCCGGCGUGCCCGGCGUGCAGCCCCCGCUGCCGGGGGACAGCCCGCUGGAGCAGGCGCUCAACGGGCUCCACGUGUCCGUGGACAGGCUGCAGGACAGCACUAAGCUCAAGCGUUCCUUCUCUCUGGACAUCAAAUCCGUUUCGUGCUCGGCCAGUGUGGCGGCGUCCGCGCCAGAAGACGCCCUGGAGCACUACAGACCUUCCUCGACUCUGGACGGGACCAGCAAGCCCUGCCAGUUCUCUCCCGUGGAGGAAGUCUCGGAGCAGACCCCAGAGAGCAGCCCAGAUAAGGAGGAAGCCGGCAUGCCCAAGAAGCCCCCGACCACCAGGCCUUCAGAUGGCCAGAGCAAGCGAUGCCAUCCCGUGAGGACCAGCAGCAGCGGAGCCGCCCCGCGGUCCCUCUUAGCACCGCUGCAUCGGAGCGGGAGCGUGGAGGACAACUACCACACCAACUUCCUCUUCGGCCUCUCCACCAGCCAGCAGCACCUGGCCAAGUCUGCUGCCGGCCUGGGCCUCAAGGGCUGGCAUUCAGAUAUCUUGGCUCCCCAGACCUCCACCCCUUCCCUGACCAGUAGUUGGUAUUUUGCCACGGAGCCUUCUCACUUCUACUCUGCCUCGGCCAUCUACGGGGGCAGCGCCGGCUACUCUGCCUACAGCUGCAGCCAGCUGCCCACCUGCAGCGACCAAGCGUAUUCUGUGCGCAGGCGGCAGAAGCCCAGGGACAGAGCCGACUCCCGGCGCAGCUGGCAUGAAGAGAGCCCCUUUGAAAAGCAGUUUAAACGCAGAAGCUGCCAGAUGGAAUUCGGAGAGAGCAUCAUGUCAGAGAACAGGUCACGGGAAGAACUGGGGAAAGUGGGCAGCCAGUCUAGCUUUUCAGGCAGCAUGGAAAUCAUUGAGGUCUCCUGAGAAGAAAGACACUUGUGACUUCUGGUGACAGUUUUCUUCUUGUUCACAAAAAAUAUUCCCUGUAAAUCUGAAAUAUAUAUAUGUACAUACAUAUAUAUUUUUGGAAAACAGAGCUAUGGUGUCAACACAGUUCUCUCAACAUCUGCAUUUGAGGGAUGAGCUAACGUGUCUCAACAAAAGUGGAAGGGCAGAUGCUUGGUUUCCCUGAGACAGAGGACACAGUUCCGGGCAAUGAACUGCAGGUCCUGUUUUUACUUAGUCAAGUUUUAUCAGGUAUGAGAGGACAAGAUACCCUGCCAUUUCCCUGUGCUACCAAGAGAUCUCCAGUACGAGUCUCUGUCCAGCCCUUCCACAGUGCACCUUAGCGCUGAGACUGAGCCAGGUGGGUCGGGUGGGGAGACCCUAUUGGGGACAGAACCUAAUGGUAAAUCCAAGAGAAAUGAUCACCUCCAAAGCUGAUUCGCAAAUCCAAGCUCACCUGGCAGCCGAGUGAUGCGAGCAUCAUUCUGCUGGACAGACCAUUAGGGGCCUUGCCAAGAUCUACUUUAGAGCAAACCAGUACCUCAGACAGCAGGUGGGGGCUUUCUCCACUGCCCCGGCCAGGAGCCCGCGUUCUAGGCGUUGUGAGUAGGUAGGUAGCUAGUCAUACUUCUCAGACCAGUUCAGACUGUCUAUGUCCGUGCACCGAUUUCCCACUGGACCUAGAUGGAGGUUAUUAACUUUUCCUUUUUUUUCUUCUCAGCUGUAUGAAGAAAGAGGGGAAACCAUCUAGGAUUCCAUUUAACAGCCAGGAAUCUGGCAGCUAAUAAUGAUUUAAGCUAAGGUUGGGAGGCUAAACAAAUCUACCUCCCGCUUUAUAAAUCAAACAAUUGUUCAGAAUGGGAUUGUUAAUCCUUUAAAUAAAGAUUGACUUGGUUUAAAGCCAGAUGUGGAUUUAUUUGGGUUGGUAGAGCAGCAGCACCUCCAAGUUCUCUGCCAAAGUAGAUGUUUUCCAUCUUGGCUUCAUUGCACAGAUACAUUUUGUAAAAAUGUAACUAUAAGGUAGACUUUUAAAGGGAGAACCAAAGGGGGAGAAACUGAAGAGACUGAAGGAGGUAAAACCCCCAAGGAGAGGCCGAAACUCUUAUUUCCUCAGUGGCUUUUUUCCUCCUGGUGUGUGGCGAGGGUGUUAUUUCUCUAAUUUCCUUAGACUUUCAGAUUUACUAAGAGGGCUGAGAGGCUAGUAAGCAAGGACUGUUUAGAAUAAAACAGUAUAGGAAGGCGGGAAGAAGGUGGUUGAGUGCUGUUCCGUUGUGAGCAGCCUGAAAAGCCCCAGCCAGGUUGGCCUCAGAAAGCAUCCCCAGCAUUGAUUUUCUUAGUAGAAGGGACAGACCAGAACGGUGGGGACCGCGGUGGUCUCUCAGCCCCUGACCUGCAAUCACUGUGUGGAGUUGUCCCGGCAGCUGAAGAUAGGAAACGGUUAGAGCAGCCCACGCGGACAGGACUGGUCUGGUUUCACGACCCGCUGGAGUUCUGUCAGCUCAGGGCGGUCCUCUUUGGAAGCCUUAAUUCACGUCAGCAGCCUUUUAGGGGGUGGGGUGGGGGGUUGUCGUUCUUUACAUGUAGCUAGAUGCUGACUCACAUCUCAGGUUUUUCUGUGUUUCCUAUGGUGACUGCUAAAACCAGCAUAGAACGGCGUGACUCAAAACCGACUCGCUCAUGACAAGUAUGAGCUUCACAUAACAUGACUGGUUGUGCACAAAUGAUGUGCUGUGAUAUGGGUGUAAAAUGAAGGCAGGUUAGCGUAAACCACAGAGGGAGUGCACUGUUACCAUAUUGAAAAAGUUCUGUUAACCGAUCUUAGUUUUUCUAUAUAGAUUUAAAUUUUGGAUAUAAUCCAACAUUAAGGUUUCACAGCAGUUUGUGAGGUGUUAAGUGUACACACACCCAAUGGGUAACAGCUCCUGCUUCCAGAGUCCGGUCCCAACUGUCUAACCUACAAAAUGAGAGCAGGGGCUCCAGGGCUCUGUAUGUUUCAGGAGGUUGGGGCCUUGGUUUUAAGGAGAUCUCUGGGCAGAAAUCUGCCUUCCACCAUUUGGGGUUUCUCUUGGCCCAUGGUCCCCUUCCUUCUUUUGACUGUGACGUAGUCAUUCACUACAACCUUCAGUGCUUGAUCGCUAAUGUCCAAUAAUCAGUGCUUGGAAUCCAGAGGAGCCUGCAGAAGUUGCAGCUGCCGAGGUGGGCCUGGAGCUGCCUGGGCAUCGGCAGAUGGGGCGGCGGCUGGCCCUCCUCGGCAUGUGGUCCAGGGGGAGCCCUGCGGUCUGCUGGGAUGAUACAGAAUGGUGAUGUUAAAGAGCAAGACUAAACUGCUAGGUGAGAAAUGCUGGAGAAUGGUUUAGGAAAUUGUAAAGUUAGGUGGUAAGACUGUGUAAAUGUUUAAUAUGAAUAUAGUGCUCUUGUGGAGUAAGGCAAGCUGUUGAAUGGUUAAAUUGUGCAUUUCUCAUUUUGAUGUGUCAUGUAUGUUAAUAUGAUAAUAAAACUGGUACCUGUUUAUACAUAAAUAUGAGAAA